UCUCUGCAACCCAUUAAAAUAUUCUCCCUUUCCUUUUCUUUUCUUUUCUUUUCUUUUUCGUUGUAAUUUUCCAUCUCCACUCUUCACUCAUUUUGACCGGAACUCGCUCUCUAUAUAACCCUUUCGGCUCCCUUCUCUCUCUUCAUCUCAAUCUCUUUACACUUCCGUAUAUAUUAUUGGUUUUCUCUCUCCUUUAUCUAUCUCUCUGUCUCUCUGUAAUGGCGGAACCACCGUUGAAACGCCAGAGAGAAGAAGAGGACCCUAGUGUUGUUGGGGAAAGCGAAGACGACGACCCAAAGCGCCAGAAAUCGUAUAAUCAGAUCCUCUCUCUCCUGGAGGAGGAGGAGGAUCAUCAAGAGCCCAACCAGGAGUUCUCCUCCAUAUUCACUACUCUCGAACGAGAGCUCUCGUGCGACUCCUCCUCCACAGCCUUCGACAGUGCUUUCUCCGAUGCUGGACCGGAUAUCGACGGUGGCCGGCGUGAGGGAGAGGACGAGGAAGACGAGGAGGAGAGAGAAAAGGUGAUGAGACGCCUUUUGGAAGCUUCGGACGAUGAACUGGGGAUACCCAACUCCGAUGGGGUGGCCGGCGUCGAUGCCGCCGUGGCGGCAGUGGCCGACACCGACGAGGCGUUCUCGUUGUGUGAUGGGUUGCUGUGGGAGUGGGAGGAUGAGGCGGCGAACUACAAUACGAUGUUGCAGUCGGAACUUUUUCUCUAGGAAAUGGGGGGGUUAGAGGCGAAAUAGGGAAUUAUUGGGGGGGCUGGAACGGGAAAAGAUGAAAAGAUGGAGGCGUAGGUUAAAGGAAAAGGAGCAAGUGAAUGCGUUUUUUGGGAUUUCAUUUUGGUCCCCUCUUCUUUUGUAAAAUAUCAGGGCGGUCCCCCCUUUUCCUCUUUUAGAAUAUAUUGAAAAAGCGUAGAAGAAAGACAGGCUAAUGAAACAAAUUUAUAUUCCUUUA